ACUAUUUUUGAUUAAAUGCAGUUCACUUUGCACAGACAUCUUUCGUCUUCGAAGAUGCGACUACGAUGAGAAUUGCGAUUUUUAGCUGUGAUUUUAUUAAAAUAUGACACUACCAUAAUCAGAUCAUCAAAUAAACAGGAUUACAGAUGACUUACAGAUAUCUAUCCUGUCAGAAACGUCGUGAGCCAAACGUGCAUUGAAAUAAAACGUUUGAAACGAUUGAAACCGUUACAGUUGGCAGUUAGAGCGACGCCGAGAACAGGGAAUCUAGCCACCAGGCCCUCGUUGUUUACGACGCUGAAUUUCUCUGAACCGCCAUUAUUUGGUCGUGUGGUGUUUGGGGAUCAUAAUCUGUUAUCAACAAGUAAUAAAGUGCAUGCAAGAUGAGAAUGUGGCGUAGUUAAUGACACCGUGUUUCGGGUAUAAUUCGCGACACUCUACUAUCUUUAAUUAAUAAUAAACAGUCAGUGUAUCGAGGGCUUCUGAAUCGCUCUGACGCCUGUUGGAAUUAUCGUCUACAGGACGUGAAACCGCUUUAUUUGAUAGCCUGCGAAUGCAAGCUAUAAGUAUACCUGCAAUCCGAAAGAUUUGGGAAUGCAUCUUGACGUCCUACCAUCUUCACAGCCAAUUAGAUGACUACGAUUUCCCGCCUAAUUUUUACUAGAUCUUUAGGGAUACUUAAAAUUAACAUUAGGAAAAUGAGCGGGGCAAUGGAAAAUGGGGCUGGCGAUGCUGCCUCAAAGAAAAAAACUAUCGAGGGAAUUUAUCAAAAAAAGUCGCAGUUGGAACACAUAUUAUUGCGACCUGAUACAUAUAUCGGCUCUGUGGAACCGGUGCGCGAAUUAAUGUGGAUAUAUGACAAGGAAAGUGAAAUGAUGGUGCAAAAAGAGAUAUCUUAUGUUCCUGGACUGUAUAAAAUAUUUGAUGAAAUCCUGGUAAAUGCAGCAGACAAUAAACAAAGGGAUGCAAAGAUGGAUACUAUUAAAAUUGACAUAGAUUCUGACAACAACACGAUAUCAGUAUGGAACAAUGGCCAGGGAAUUCCAGUGGUAAUUCAUAAAGAGGAAAAAAUGUUUGUACCUACAAUGAUCUUUGGACACCUUCUGACAUCCUCAAACUAUGAUGACAAAGAAGAGAAGGUGACCGGAGGUAGGAACGGCUAUGGUGCCAAAUUGUGCAAUAUUUUCAGUCACCGAUUCACCGUUGAAACCGCUUCGAAUGAAUACAAAAAGUCGCUGAAACAGACGUGGGGGAACAAUAUGGGAAAAGCCAGUGAACCUAGGGUCAAAGAGUUUACAGGGCGAGACUUCACAAAAGUUACAUUCUCGCCAGAUUUAUCAAAAUUUGGAAUGGAGGCUCUUGACAAAGAUAUAGUAUCACUGAUGACACGGAGAGCUUACGAUGUUGCAGCUUCUACUAGAGGAGUGCAAGUGUAUCUCAAUGGAACUAAAAUACCAGUCAAAUCUUUCAAAGAUUACGUAGAUCUAUUUGUGAAGGGCAAAGAGGACGACAUUGGCAACGCCUUGAAAGUUGUUUAUGAAAAUUGUGGACCCAGAUGGGAAGUCGCUAUAACUUUAUCUGACAAAGGAUUUCAGCAGAUGUCCUUUGUAAACAGUAUCGCUACUACAAAGGGAGGUCGACAUGUGGAUCAUGUCACCGAUGCCAUUGUGAAACAGCUCAUGGAUACCUUAAAAAAAAAGAAUAAGGGUGGAUUAGCUAUCAAACCGUUCCAAAUAAAGAACCAUUUAUGGAUAUUUGUCAAUUGUCUCAUCAACAAUCCAACGUUCGACUCGCAAACGAAAGAAAAUAUGACUCUGCAAGCUAAAAACUUUGGAUCAAAAUGUACUUUACCGGAUAAAUUUAUUAUUAGUGUCACAAAGAUUGGUAUCGUUGAGGCAGUGUUAUCUUGGGCAAAGUUUAAAGCUGAUACUCAGCUGCAGAAACUUGGACCUAAAACCAAACAACGUAAACUCCAAGGUAUUCCAAAGUUAGAGGAUGCCAAUGACGCCGGCACAGUUAGAUCGCUGGAUUGUACCUUAAUUCUGACAGAGGGAGAUUCAGCCAAGGCAAUGGCAGUUUCUGGACUAUCUAGCAUUGGCAGAGAUAAAUACGGAAUCUUCCCACUGAGAGGUAAAUUAUUAAAUGUCAGAGAAGCAACGCACAAACAGAUUCUUGAGAAUGCUGAAAUUAACAAUUUGAUAAAAAUUCUUGGUCUCCAAUAUAAGAAAAAAUACGAAACUAGAGAUGACAUGAAAAGUCUUCGUUAUGGCAAACUAAUGAUCAUGACAGAUCAGGAUCAGGAUGGUUCACAUAUCAAAGGAUUAUUGAUAAACUUCAUACACCAUAAUUGGCCGUCGUUACUCCGAAAUAAUUUUAUUGAAGAAUUUAUAACGCCAAUUGUGAAAGCUACAAAAGGAAGCCAGGUAUUCUCGUUUUUUUCUUUACCUGAAUUCGAAGAGUGGAAAAAAGAAACUGCCAACUUUCAUACGUACAGGAUCAAAUACUACAAAGGUUUGGGUACGUCUACUGCCAAGGAGGCAAAAGAGUACUUCGACAAUAUAGCCAGACACAGAAUACGCUUUAGAUACGAUGGUGAGCAGGAUGACCAGAAUAUAAUAAUGGCAUUCAGUAAAAAGUGUUGCGAUCAGAGAAAGGAUUGGCUCACAAGUCACAUGGAAGAGACAAAGAGACGCAAAGAGAUAGGGCUUGGUGAAAAAUAUUUAUAUGAAAAGGAUACUCGCACUGUAACUUUCUCGGAUUUCAUCAACGUCGAGCUGGUUCUGUACAGUAAUUAUGACAACGUCCGUUCAAUUCCCAGUGCAAUCGAUGGAUUGAAACCUGGACAAAGAAAAGUAAUGUACACAUGUAUGAAACGUAACGAUAAACGUGAAAUUAAGGUAGCACAGCUGGCUGGUUCAGUUGCCGAACAAUCUGCUUAUCAUCACGGCGAAGUCUCUCUUAUGUCAACCAUAGUUAAUUUGGCGCAAAAUUUUGUGGGUAGUAAUAACAUUAACUUGCUCCAACCAAUCGGUCAAUUUGGAACCAGGCUCAUAGGAGGAAAAGAUUCAGCCAGUCCUCGUUAUAUUUUUACAAUGCUCAGCCCAUUGACAAGGUUCAUUUUUCACAAAAACGACGAUCCACUUCUUACUUACGAAUAUGAUGACAAUCAAAAGAUUGAGCCUGUAUAUUAUGUCCCUGUCAUACCUAUGGUUUUGGUCAAUGGAGCAGAUGGUAUUGGUACAGGGUGGAUGACAAAAAUCCCGAAUUACAACCCUAGAGAUAUUAUCGAAAACCUCCACAGGAUGAUCGAUGGAGGUGAAAUGAAACCCAUGUUGCCUCACUACAAAAAUUUCAAAGGCACGAUAGAAAGAUUCGGAGAUCGACACGUGGUCAGUGGUGAAAUUUCUGUCAUAGGCCCUGAUAGAGUUGAAAUUACAGAAUUACCCAUUGGAACAUGGACACAAACAUACAAGGAAUCUGUUUUAGAACCUAUGCUGCACGGUUCGGAUAAAGUACCAGCUGUUAUAACUGAUUAUAAGGAAUACAACACCGACGUCGAAGUCCGUUUCAUCGUCUUCAUGAACAGAGAUAAAUUAGUUGAGAUGGAGCGAGAUGGUCUCCAUAAAGCUUUCAAAUUACAAACCACGAUGAGUAGUACAUCUAUGUGUGCGUUUGAUGCUGAACGAUGCCUUAGGAGAUAUGAUCAAGUCGAGACUAUCAUGAAAGAUUUUUUCAAACUCCGAACAGAGUUCUAUCUCAAGCGUAAAGCUUAUAUGGAGGGUAUACUUCAAGUCGAAGCUACUAAACUCUCUAAUCAAGCCAGAUUUAUAUUGGAAAAAUGUGAUGGUGAUUUAGUGAUUGAAAAUAAAAAGAAGAAAGAAAUGAUUGCCGAACUGGUGAGACGAGGCUACGACUCAGAUCCUGUAGUAGCUUGGAAACUUAGACAAAACAGAGAGGAAGCGUUGGAAGAGAUACUCCAAAAUGCGAAUGAAGAAAAUAGCGAUGAUACAAGCGUUCCCGUUGAAAAAGAAAACUAUGAUUAUCUUCUGGGAAUGACAAUGUGGAACCUGACCAAAGAAAAAAAAGACGAGUUGUUACGUCAAAGAGAUGAUAAAAUUGCAGAACUUAAACGAUUGCAACAGCGGACACCUGUCUCACUUUGGAAAGAAGAUCUUGACAAUCUCUCUGCCGAACUUAACAAGGUUGAAGAAAAGGAAAGAAAAGAGGAAGAAAAAUCCAAAAAAGGAGUAAAAAAACCGCCGACCAAAAUUUUCAAAUCUGAAGAUGUUCGUCGUAUCUUACCGACCAUUGAUGAUGAUUUAAAAAAAAAGAUGUCAAAAGCGAGUGAAGUUGCUAAGGAUAAGAAGAUUGCGCUCAAAAAAUUAGUAAAGGUAAAGAAAGAGAGUGUGGAUGAGAAAGAUGAAUUUGAUCUACUGGUCGAUAAUAACGCCAAGCCACUUGAAGACAGAGUCGGUAACAGUCCUGAUAAAGUGGAAAAGAAGGUUGGGGCUAAAAAAGCUUCAAGACAAACGACGUUGUCUUUUAAAGCAGUGAAAGAGGAAAAGGUGAAGAAAGAAAAGGUAGGUGCUGAUACUGGUGAAGAUGGUAGCGAAAUUGAUUUCGAAAGUAUAUCACCACCUCCCAGGGCGCGAGAACCUCGUAAAACCACUAAAGUUAAUAUCAAUUAUUCAUUGGACAGUGACGAAGAGUCAAAUCACCAAAAUGCACACGAACUUUUUAGUGACGAUUCUGAACCAGAAGUGAAACCAAAGGUUAAGGUAGUCACAAUAGAAAGUGACUCUGACGAAGACAUGAGCACAACGAAACCGAAAAAGACAGAGCCAGAAGUGAACUACAAUGACGUAUUCGAUUCCUUGAUUGCUGAUACUCCACCGAAAACGACCAAAUCAAAACCUGUCAUUUCAUCCAGCGAAGAUUCUCCUGUCAAAGCCACUCCACCUAAAAAAAACACAGUCAAGAAAAAGGCCGAAAAUGGUGGUGGUCGGGCAACAAAAAGAGUCAAGAAAAAUAUUUCAUUAUCUUCUGAAUCUGAAGAAGAGAUAUUCGUGAGUAAGAAUAAUAAACGAAAAAAAGUACCAGAGCCGGAAAGUCCGGAUACAGUUAUUUCCCGACGAGAAGUUGGCCGAAACCGUAAGCCUAUAUCAUACGCGAUCACGUCAGACGAUGAAUCUGAUUGAAGACAGUGAAACUAGAUAGUAACAAGUGUUUGUGACUAAGUGUAUUACAUGAUUUUACCGUGAACAAUUUUUAUCAGUGCCCAUAUCACAUCCGUUGAAGUAAUCUUAGCAUUCCAGUCAUCGAUCCGAGUUGCAUUCAAUUAUCCCGAAGAUGUUGAGAUGCUUAGUACGGUUCAUCCUAUGAUAGUUUGUAAUUUGGGCAGCAAUGAUACUAAAAUAAAAUUUUUGUAAAUAUUUUAAUAAUCGCACCAUAAUUUUAUUAUUGAAUAAUAUUAAUGACAAGUAUUUGUAAUUGGAGACAAAAAAAAAACCAUUAGAAAAAAUAGAAACGUUACGAACGCGUUAGAUAUGAAAGACAAGAUUCUAGCGUAUCUAAGUAGAACUAUCAAUCAAGCCAUAAUUAGCGUACCUUAAUGAAGAAGUCGCGUGCGUUAAUUGAAAUUUAUAUCUUUUUACUAUACCGUUUUCUAUUUUAAUGUCAACGAAUCUAAACAAUAAUUACUUUAUUUCGAAUAAUAAUUUAUCAAAUAUUUCUUAGUCGCAUUCAUAGCCACAGUCCGACAGAGAUUUAUUUGUUUUGAUUUUAGAUUAAAGGAGAAAAAAAAAAAUAGUAAUAUUUACGAAAAAAAAGGUCAAUUUGAUACUAACAAAUAUUAAGUAACUGCUUACAACAGUAAACGUGCCUUUCCAAGUACGGAUAUUAGUUACGGAAAGAACUCGUCAAGCAUAUCUAAUUCCUUGGAUGGACAGACUGCUUGCUAAAAGAAAUAAAUAGAUAAUUAUUAGGAUGAUUUCAUCGAAUCUUCUAGAGAAAUGAUUAAGUAAAAUAUGAAAUGAUGAUUUUUAUUCGAAUAUGGUUUGCUUUUUUUUCUUUUAAACGAUUUUACAGUAACGGAGUAUCAAUGCAAUUUAGAUACUAUGUCAUUAGCGAAUUAUCUUAAAAAAAAAUUGCAAAGGGAGUAUUCGAAAAUGAUGUUGCCAAAUCAAUUGUCAGAAUAAAUACGUACUGUUUAUGUAUAACUUCUUCCAAAGUUAUAUCCUGACAUUAAAAUAACUUUCAGGUAUACAUAUUUACAUACAGAGAGAAAGAGAGAGAGACAGGGAGAUAAUCAAUUUACUAUUCUAUGGAAGAAAUUUUUAGAUGUUCCAUGAAACAGGAAGAAAAAAUAUCAUACAAAUCUAAUUUCAUUGAUUGGGUAGUGCUCAAUUGUUAAAAAUCUCAAUACGAAUUGUUCUCUAUGCUUCUCGUGAGAUUUUUAUGUGUGUAUUUUGCUUUUUUAUAUGUAUAGUAUAGCAUAAGUUACAAAACUUUAAUACAGUUGUUUUAAAAACCUAUAAAUUUGUAGCUACAACUUAAUAUCCGAUGUUGUUCCGAGUUUAUCAUUCGGGCUGAAUUGAAAUUUUUCAUAAUCCAUUUUCCAAAAAAAUUGAAAUGGUAAAAUGACUCUUUGCGGCAGAAAAAAUGAUUGUAAAAAAUGGGAAAAAAUUAAAAAACAAAAAAAGAUAAAAUUAGAAGCUCAAGCGCACUUUUCUUGUCAUGUGCUUACGUACAUGGAAUAAUUUUAAUUGACUAGUAACACGCACAUCUCGAAAUAUCCAUAAAACAAAGACCAAUAAAAAUAUAUGACCAUUUACCCAAACGAAAUAAUAAAGAGUGAAGAGGGAUCUUUGUAGAUCAAACUUACUCUUCAAAGGUUUUAACAGAGUCAUUGCGAUUAUACACAGAACUUUUUUUUAUUGCUAUUACAUUAUUCUUUUGCACACCUCACUCCCUUCUACGCAAACCAUGAGGAUCGAAAAUGGGGGCAAGAAAAGAAUAAAUUACGAAAUUAAAAAUAGAAUUAGGUGCGUUUUGGAUGAAAAAUGAAAUCCGUUAUAGUACAGUAGAUUAAAUCGUUGAUGUAUUUUGUGUGAUAAAACUGAUGACCGUCCAAUUAUAUGGAUUGAUUGUAGCAUUAUUUUACCUCUGUAGAAAACAAAAUAAAGCAACACGGAGAAAAAAA